GGAUCAACAUCGACCUGUACUUGUACUGGUUGACUGACUUGACCUGUCCGUCACAACCACAGCCAAACAGCGCCGCGCCGCGCAACGUCAACCCGUCGCCGCCACCCAACGCAUCCCAUCCCAUCCCAGCACGCACAUCCCACACCCAACCGCCCCAAGUCAAACUGACCGCCGUAUCGAAACAACAAAUCGCAGGGCAGCCAUGGUGUUUUGAGCUGGGCGAUUGGUCUCUCAUUGGGCAUCCCGGCGACUCGUUGCAUUGCCCAUAUUUCCCCCCAUUAAUUGCAAGGCUCAGCUCAGCACGCUCGCGCACUCGCACACUCGCACUCGCACACAACUCACACGCACAAGCACAACCAGCAGGGCAACCCAGCUCCCAAAGGACAAGACCUUCUUGUUGGUUGCACUCGCCGUUGCAGCAACAACAACAACAAUCAUUUCACCCCCAGAGUCACGCUCCUGCGCCCCCCUGCCGAUUACUACGAACGUAUUCAGAGAGGUCCUGCCCUCCACACACAACGCGCGCUCGCUCCUCUCCUAGACUUGCACGCUUGUCUCUUGUUUGAUUGCUAUUUUAUUCGCACGACAAGGCCAUUUCCUUAUCACCUAGGAAUAGCCUGCGCUGCCGCCCUGGUCCUUUGCCCUAGGUAGCCCUUUAGCCUCCCUCCCUGCCGCCUGGUUCCUGGUCUUGGCUUGGUGUGGUACUCGGCCGUACCUCAAAUCUGCCCCCAACUGCUGCUCCUCCUCCAACUUUGGAAACCUUGGGAGCAUUUCCUUUCCAGCCUCCCAAAACCGCAACCCGAUCCGACCUGGGCUAGUCCGAGCCGAAACAUCCUCCUUAGCCCAACGUCCGACACCGACCCCCUUAAACGUCAACUCCCUUGGAAUCCCUUCGCCUGACCUGCGCCAGACCCGCCGACGCUGAUAAGCACACAGCCCGACCCCAGCCCUUCCGCGCUCCCGCGUGGGAAGAUGUCGUCGGCUGCAUUGCAAUCCGCGCCUCAUCAGACAGCUGCCUCCGUCACCAUCAACUCACCGCCCUUGGUUACCGCCUCGCCUGGCAGCCGCCACCAGCAGCAACCACAACAGUUCCAGCAAUCCACCUCCUCCCCUGCCCGUGACCCAUAUUAUGCGACCACACAGAACAGCUCUUCCUCACCCUCGGCUUCCAAACGGCCCUCCAGGAAACACAGCGGAAACGGCAGCGGCAAGGGAGACGCACCGUCCCAAAGCAACUCCCCAAUGAGUUCACGCGCAGCCCUCGCAUCCCCCAUCCCCGUCGACCCCUCCGACCAGUACCAGCAAUCCUCCUCCGACCGCCGCAAGAUGCCCGCCACCUCCGUGCCACCUCGCACCUCGUCCCAGCACACUGCUGGCGGCUCCAGCGCCGCCUCGGCGUCGAGGAGAGCUGUGGCAGCCCAGGGUGCCGACCGAUCGACGUCGCAGCGGCACGCACCGAACGACACCAACGGCCAGGCGAGCGCGAACCAGGCUUAUCAGGAUGAAGCCGCAAAUCACAUCUCUCGGGGCCGAAAGUCGGCACACACGGGCCAGGAGCAAUCACACAAGUCGAGCACCAGCGGCAGCCACAGAGACGCCCGGGCGGCAGGUGGCUCGACAUCACUGCCCGUCAGGUCGCAACAGACGUCGUCGUCCUCCACACCGCAGGGGCCAUCUAGGGAAGCCAGCGAAAUACUGAAUAGCAUGCUGGUGUCACAGCCCGAGGUGGAUAUCGAGCGGACGCGCGAACGCGAGGCAAUGGCCCAGCCGCACCCGACCGAGGCCGACGACGCGGCCCCGCCACCAGUUGUUGCCAGCGCCGAACAGCACGGCGAGGAGACAAGGCGGGGUACUCGGAGUAGGCAUGACUUUAGCAAGCGCGAGAAGCACACCAAGUUUGGCGAGUACAUACUGGGCAACACCAUCGGCGAGGGCGAGUUCGGCAAAGUGAAGCUUGGUUGGAAGCAAGAAGGCGGCAUCCAGGUCGCCAUCAAGCUUAUCAAGAAGGACCAGCUGGGAAGCAACCCAUCCCGCAUGGCCAAGAUCAUGCGCGAGGUCGCCAUCCUGAAGCAGCUGACACACCCCAACAUUGUCCGACUACACAAGAUGGAGGAGUCCGAGAGGCAUUUUGGUAUCAUUCUGGAAUACGCGUCAGGCGGUGAGCUGUUCGACUACAUCCUGAACCACCGAUACCUCAAGGACAACGCCGCCCGACGUCUUUUCGCACAACUCGUUUCCGGUGUGGGUUAUCUACACAAGAAGGGCAUUGUGCACAGAGAUUUGAAGCUGGAAAAUCUGCUUCUGGACCGCAACCGAAACAUUAUUAUUACCGACUUCGGCUUCGCCAACACGUUCGAUCCCAUUGAGGAGCUAUCGGAAGAGGAGGAGAACAAUCUCAGCGACCGCGAGUUCGUCAAGCGCAUGGGCUUGAACCAGCUGAAGCCGAACGGGAUGAGGAAGGGCGACCUCAUGCAGACGAGUUGUGGAAGUCCGUGCUACGCAGCUCCUGAAUUGGUUGUCAGCGACUCCUUGUACACCGGUCGGAAAGUUGACGUCUGGAGCUGUGGCGUGAUUCUGUAUGCCAUGUUGGCAGGCUAUCUACCUUUCGACGACGAUCCCGCAAACCCCGAAGGCGACAACAUUAACCUGCUCUACAAGUAUAUUGUCAACACCCCGCUCACAUUCCCCGAGUACGUCACUCCCCACGCGCGAGACUUGCUGCGACGAAUACUAGUUCCGAACCCUCGGAAGCGUGCCGACCUAUUUGAAGUGGCUCGCCACAGCUGGCUGAGCGAGUAUGCCCACGUGGUUGAGUUCAUCACAAGUAGCACCACCACUCCCGGAGAGAUUCAGAACACCACCGUACCCGCCGAGGAUGAGACGCCAAUGGUCGCCCGCAGCGCAUCUGUCCGAGAAGCGCACAAGAAGAACACCGUUGGACCUUCGAUUGGUGGCCUGACGAGCAAGCAAGGCACUGUUGACCCAGAUACCGAGGCCGCGAACUCCGCUCGACAACAGAGGGACAAUAAGCGCAGGACGGUCCAGGUCGAAUAUGUUGCGCCAAACACCCAGACCCAGCGUGGCGAGCAGGCAGGCGGGCACGGCUCAUCGUCCAAGUCAAGGGCCCGUUCGGGCAGUGCAGGACCGGUUGAGGUUCAGUCGUCUUCCGCAAACGAGAAGCCGCUACCCCGCGACCCGCCUGUCACAAGAGAGUCGUACGGUCCAGCACCAGUCACCUCGAGGAGGCCUCCGAGCGCGCAUCUCAACAACCAGAAUCUGGUGCAACAACCACAGAGGCCGAGCCGCGAAGCCAUGCGGGCAGCUUCUGAUGGCCAAUACAUGACGUCUGCAGGAGCACCUGGCCGGCCAACGACCGGCGGCUCGACCGGUUCGAAGGGUUAUGGAACAGGGAGAGCUACGUACGGCCAACCCUCCGCCCCCACGGUCGCUGAUACUAACGUGCAUGGAAGUAUACAACAACCUGCAGGUCGACCAGCCUAUCCCGACCCUUCUGCGAACGAGGACCAGGGCUCGGACUACGGUAGACCAAGCGUCAACACGCCAUCCAAACUGUCCAAGGUCAGCGGCUACACCGGGGAGGCCGAUAGCACCGACUCCAGGGGCCACAGGCGGUCCAACACGAUCGGCGACAUUGGCAACAAGAUUUUCGGACGAAGCGGAUCUGUGUUCGGCAGUAGUAGCACCCGCAAGAGCCAGCUUCCUUCCGGGGAGAAGUCCAAGAAGUAUCCUCCGGUCAGCAUGACCCAGCCCAUUUCCGAUGACGGCCCCAUCCGCCCGUCAAUGGACUCGAAGCGCUCGCGCCGCUCUUUCUCGCUCGGGCUUGGAAAGAAGCAGUCUGGAAGCAUGAACGGGUCACAGACGUCAUUGGACAAACAGACAAACAGGCGGUUCUCGUUCCUGCCCAGCUCAUUGUCUCUCAAGGCCAUUGGGAUUGGUAAGGAGUAUGACCAAGAACCCCGCGACUCACAGCGAAGCCUUCCAAUGCAGGACCCACCUCCACAGGUUGACGACCAAGGCCGUUAUGUGGAGCAGCCUCAGGCGCCCAACGCUGCUGACAUUGACGGAAUGUACGCCCAACUCCAGGGCUCGCAACCUCAACAACAACAGCAACGUCGGGAUCCAAACCAGAACCCGCGACAACACAGGAACAGCUCGAACCCCUACCAGAGCAGGCGCCAGAGUGGUAUCCCGUCGCACAUGCAACAAGGAGCGGUCCUGAAUAGUGCCUCAGACUCGUCCAUUGAGAAUGUGCAGCGGCCGACCAACCAGACGAGUUACCCCGAAGAGCAGCCAGUCAAGGAGCACAGGAGGACCUCCAGCCGAGGGACCCGUGGGAUCCUGCAGAAGAACAAGCGGUUUGUCGACGCUUACGACAAGGACGAAUAUUCGCGACACGGCGGCCACGACCAUGCCGGAAGCAGUGGUGCAGCGAGGCGAGUCAUGGAUUUCUUCCGGAGGAGAGGGAAGGACAGAGGCGGCGAUGACCGAUGAUCGGCCAUCGACCCGAGCGUCCCUGGAAAGUGCAGUGCUACAAUUACUACUGAGGCUGAAGUUCCGCCAUGAGAGCGAAUCAUACCUGGCCAACACCGUCUCAAAUUCGGGGAUAUCACCCGCAUAUCCAGCCAGCCUCGUCUGCUUUGCUGGGGCCCGCGGCCUAUGAGGCGCAAGGAGCGACAGUCUCAAACGGCUGGCCGGUGAACACCAACCCGACUGGGUCAUACCCCUCGACCUUCCACCACUCCUGCCCCAUAAUCAUCCAGGUCAGGGGCACGGGCGCGCCUGUUGUGCGAUAUUCAUCCCUGGCUUUAAUGCCGAAAUAACUAGUCCGAAAUCCGAGUGCGAUGACACCAGCCACACACACCUCUGUGUUACCAAUGACCUGGAACCCCAUGCAGGAGUGUUUGUGUGAAGUAAUAGGUGACGGAGGAGCAGUCAUUUCUGGUUGCACGAUUUGAAAGCGGCCCACAAAGGGCUAGGGGGAGGGGACGAGGAGGAAGAUUUUCCCACUGUUACAUUCAAUUCUGAUAAUGCCAUUUGUGUUUUUAUUCUCAUACCAUCCGCCCACACAUUCACACACAUCCAGCUAUCUCACCGACCAUACACCCACAAACACCACCAUAUUGUCCCCCCCCCCUCCAAAUCAUCUCCCCGGGUCCGAGGGCGAGUGGAACGAUCUCGUUGAAAGAAAUAAGGAUCUCGAAGGAGGGCUUUGAAACUGGCCACCAGCCAGCCAGACGGGAGGAAGUGCCGAGGGGAAAAGUAGUAGAAAAAGGAGACCAAGGGGAGCCAGCCGAGCGAGUGCGAUCAUCAAAGUCUGUCUGUCUGUCUGCAUCUGAGGGAGCUAAGUUUUUCUUCUUCAUGGGGGCUAUUUCUGUACAAAUUAAAGUAAUCUCCACAGCGAACGUGGGAAAACAAAGACUGGAAGGGCGGGAGGGGGGUGGGAGGUUUUGUCAGGAAUUCAUAUUGCGAGCUAGAAAGAGAGAGAGAGAGAGAAACAGCCAGAGAUAGGGGUGGUGGGGAGAGAGAGAGAGUCCUGGCGAGUUCUAUCAAACAAUCCAGUCAUAGAGAAAAUUUGGGGAAUUUCAUCACACCUUUUGUGAGUCUGGAACCGGCACAGAUUCAGUGAGGGAGAACUGGAUUAUAUGUGAAGUGCCUUGUGGUGUUCUUGUAUGUGAUGAAUGUGGCUGCCGUGACUUGAGCGAGGCUCAUGCAGAUAUGUGCUGUAUGUAUCCGAUUGAAAUAGGGUUGUCUUAGAAUGAGAACUCCAUGGUCGUUGUAGUAAGCGUUCUUGAGAC